CCUCUUUCCAGAGACUAAAAAGAGAAGCAGGCAAAAGCUUCUCGGAUGAUACUCCCCAAAGCUCCAGAGCCUGGCAGAUCAGGAAGUGGGGUCCCCCACAGUCGGCUUAAAAGGUGCAUCCGGGGAAUGAGCUGGGCUCCCAUCCUGAUACUGCAGAAGAUAUGUAAAACCUCCUCAGCCUAAAUAGACCCAGGAACUCUUCCCCUUUGAAGGGUGUUGCCAUGGAGGAACCCUCCUUGACCUCUGGUGAAGACGGCUACUAUCCGGUGAAGAAAGGAGAGACAUUCAAUGGAAGGUACCACGUGGUCCAAAAUCUGGGCUAUGGGUACUUCUCAACAGUCUGGCUUUGCCAAGAUGCUGGGAAAAAGAGGUGCGUGGCUGUGAAGGUACCCAAAGGAGGGGAGAAUUUUGCUGAGGCAGCCCUGGAUGAAGUCAUGCUCCUUCGCUAUGUGAAUAGCAAGAGGAGGAAAGACCGGGGCAGCGAUUACAUCAUCCACCUUUUGGAUGAUUUCAAAAUGAUCGGCAAAAAUGGUUUCCAUGUGUGCUUAGUGAUGGAGCUGCUGGGACCUUCGCUGCAGGCUCUGCUGAGCAUCCGAGGCUCCCAGGGCCUCCCUCUGCCCUUUGUCAAGAAGGCCAUGCGCCAGAUCCUCCAAGGUUUACAUUUCCUGCACACGGAAUGUCGCAUCAUCCACACAGACAUCAAACCUGACAACAUCCUGCUGUAUGUUACCAAAGAAAGCCUGCACAACAUAGUUGCUUUGCAACACAGCCUGGGAGUAAACCACAAACCCAGGACAGGAGACAGCCCAGCAGCUCUUCUGGACUGCGGCAACCUAAUGAAAAUGGGAGUGAAAAUUGCAGACCUGGGAAGUGCAUGCUGGACCUAUAAACCGUUCUCCAAAAAGAUCCAGACCCAGCCCUACAGAGCUGUGGAGGUUCUCCUUGGAUUAGAUUACAGCACCCCAGCAGAUAUUUGGAGCGCAGCCUGUUUGGCUUUUGAACUGGCAACUGGAAAGCACCUUUUCAUACCUCAAGCCGGCCAGCAUUUUUCCAGAGAUGAGGAUCAUGUGGCUCGGAUCAUUGAACUCCUGGGCAAAAUCCCACCCAAAAUUGCUUUGCUUUGGCAGCAGACGUCAACUUUCUUCAGCAGGCAAGGGGCUCUUCUCCGGAUGUCCUGGAUCUCUUUCUACGACCUCCAUCACAUCCUCAUUGAUAAAUACAGCUGGCCAAAGCCUCAGGCCACCCACUUCGCCAGUUUCGUCCUGCCCAUGCUGGAGUAUGCCCCAGAACGACGGGCACGGGCUGAGAAAUGCCUUCAACACCCCUGGCUCAGCCACUAGGGCUGCGUCUUCCGGCUGCCCUUCCAGCAGAGAUAUAGGUAGUCCUCGACUUACAACAUUCAUUCAGUGACUGCUCGAAGUCAUAACAGCACUGGAAAAAAAGUGACUUGUGACCAUUUUUCGCACUCGUUUGCAGCAUGGUUACGUGAUCAAAAUUUGGACACUUGGCAACCGGCUCAUAAUUAUGAUAGUUGCAGUGUCCUGGAGUCACAUGAUCACCUUUUGUGACCUUUGGACAGGCAAAGUCAAUGGGAAAGCCAGAUUCACUUAACAACCGCAUCGCUAAUUUAACAGUUGUUAAGUGAGCCACUUAACAACUGUGGCAAGAAAGCGCAAAAAAUGGAGCAAAACUUAACAACUCCCUUGUUUAACGAAGGAAAUUUGGGGCUCACUUGUGGUCCUAAGUCAAGGACUACCUGUAUGGAAAAAGCAGGCAAAUAUCCCCUACAAAACAAUUUCUUAGGACCAAACUAGCUAUGAUAGCUGUGUGAAUUCAGUUUCCCUUUUAAGAUAAGGUCUACUGUAGCUUUCCAGUAAAAAAGAGUAAAGCAAUAGAUACUUUUUUUCUUUAGGCCAUAGUCUUCCAAGCACUUUCUUUGAAACCAAAACAGGUUUGGAAAGGAAAGGAUGGGUGGUUUCAGAUAGAGGCAUUUUAAUGCCAUCAAUCACAAUCAAGCCAUUCUAGCAUCUCUUCUGCAAUGUUUUUUUCUUGGGAAGAAAAAUGACAAAAGUCGUAGGAACAACAAGGGAGGUUUACAAAGAGGAGAUAUUCUGUCAAAAAAAUCUAUGGCUGAGCCAACCGCAAAGUUUUAUUUUUAAAAAAGGAGGAGGGGAAAUAAUUAAAUUUGCUCUUUCUCACUUUCCAUGGUUCUUGAUCUGCCCUAAGUUCCUCAAGGUUGUAAUAUACAUACCGAAACACAUCGUUAACUACGUUUACAAACUUAAAUAUCAUUACUAGUUUUUUUUUUAUACAUUGGGAUGGAGGCCAACCACAUUAUGGCUAAUUAAUCUCAGACAAGGGACAUGGUGGCUCAGUGGCUAAGACGCUGAGCUUGUCGAUCAAAAGGUCGGCAGUUCACCGGUUCGAAUCCCUAGUGGUGCAUAACGGGGUGAGCUCCCGUUACUUGUCCCAGCUUUUACUAAUUUAGCAGUUCGAAAGCACGUAAAAAAUGCAAGUAGAAAAAUAGGGACCACCUUUGGUGGGAAGGUAACAGCGUUCCAUGCACCUUUGGCAUCUAGUCAUGCCGGCCACAUGAUUAUGGAGAUGUCUUUGGACAGCACUGGCUCUUUGACUUUGAAACUGAGAUGAGCACUGCCCCCUAGAGUCGGGAACGACUAGCACAUAUGUGCGAGGGGAUCCUUUACCUUUACCUAAUCUUGGACAAUCUUUGCUAGAGUGAGAAGUUUUCCUUUGUGGGUUAGUUCAGUGUUCAACUGUUCUGACACAAAGAAGAAGAAGCAAACCUAUUCUGCGAAGCCCCUGAGGGCAGGACAAAGAGUAACACACAGAAAGUUUUCAAAGAGAGGAAAGUUUUCAAAGAGAGAUCCAAUCUAGAAUUACCGUAUAUACUCGAAUAUAAGCCGAUCCGAGUAUAAGCCGAGGUCCCCAAUUUUACCCCAAAAACUGGGGUAAACUGGGGACUCGAGUAUAAGCCGAGGGUGGGAAAUGAGGCACCUACCGGUUGGGGAAACCCUCCCUCCCUCAGCUGAGAAGGCUGGCGGCUCCCCCGCCCCGCCCUCUCACUGCACCGGCAGGGCUUCAGUCCGGUAAAAUGUGAAAAAAAGAAAAAAAAAAAAACUCGAGUAUAAGCCGUAUAUACUCGAGUAUAAGCCGAGGGGCUUAAAAAAAAAAAACUUGAGUAUAAGCCGUAUAGACCCGAGUAUAAGCCGAGGGGACGUUUUUCAGCACAAAAAAUGUGCUGAAAAACUCGGCUUAUACUCGAGUAUAUACGGUAAGUAGAAACUUCCUGACAGUUACAACAAUUAAUCAGUGGAACGACUUGCCUCCAGAAGUUCUGAAUGCUCCAACACUGGAAGAUUUUAAGAAGCGAUUGGACAGCCAUUUGUCUGAAGUGGUGUAGGGGUUCCUGCCUAAGCAGGGGGUUGGACUGGAAGACCUCCAAGGUCCCUUCCAACUCUGUUAUUCUCUAUUCUGAUGGCUGGGAAGUUUUUAUUUUUAAUGGCAUUACAGCUAAUCUGCUUUGUACACAGAAACCUUCUGUAUCAAACUUACAGAAACACCCUCAUGCUAUGAUACUUAAGAAAGAGAUUGCAUUUGCCUAGAAUGCAGUGAAGAGGUUUCUGUUGCAACCGCACGGCUCUAUAAAAGUUCUACAGGGAGUCCUCCACUUAUGACUGGAUUCCCCUUAUGGUCUCAUGACCCACAUUCUGGACACUCAGCAACCAGCCCACAUCUACAACCGUUUGCAGGGUCCCACAGUCAUGUGAUUGCGAUUUACAACAAUUAAACUGGUGUUUACUUAAAAGUUUCUGGCAAAAAAAAAAAAAAAGCCCCAUAACCAACAAUGGUUUCGCUUAGCAACUGCCACGUUUGCUAAAUGACCGUGAUUUUAUUUAAAAAAUUGUAAAAUCGAGGGUGGUCACAUGGUGAUUCGCUUAACAACCGUCAUGAUGGUCAUUGAGACUGCAAUUUUGUAAGGCAUAAGCCGAGGACUACUUAUAUCUAUCCUCACCCACAAUCUAUCUUAUAUUGUAGGAGGAGAACCCAUCAUCAAAAAAUAGAAAUCUUAUAGCAUCCUUUCCGACUAAUCAAUCUUAUUAAAAGGCCUGAACUGUUCUGAGCUUCACUGUACUUUAUCUGAUGCAUAGAGCAGCUAGACUCCUGUAGGGUUUCAAUUGCGAUAACCGUGGUGGCGCAGUAGUUAGAAUGCAGUAUUGCAGGCCAGCAGUUCGAUCCUGAGCAGUUCAAGGUUGACUCAGCCUUCCAUCCUUCCGAGAUGGGUAAAAUGAGGACCCAGAUUGUUCGGGGGGCAAUAUGCUGACUCCGUAAACUGUAUAGAGAGGGCUGUAAAGCACUGUGAAGAGGUAUAUAAGUCUAAGUGCUAUUGCUAUAUAAGUCUAAAUGGUAUUGUUAUACUGAGAUGAGACGGGAAGACAGAUUGGAUGUGCAGGUUUCAUGAGAGGUAGAUUAGGCAUACCUUUAUCAAUUCACCUUUGUACUUGUUGAAAAGCCAUUGUGUUGUGUUGGUAAGCAUUUUUCUGUUCCUGCUAAUUUUGUGUGUUUCCCAGAAUUUCUGAUAUCUCCAUCUGUACUCUUCCCUGAUUUAACAUGUUGGUUUCAAUUAAUGUGGAAAAAAAAUAGCCUUAUUAAAGAUCAAUAACUCAUAAUGUGAAUCCAACAUAACGACUAAUGGAAAGGGAUGUAACAAAACGAUUACUAGCCUUACCAUG